AUGAGCACUCCCUCUGCAAAGGUCUCCUGGGCUGCCAUAACGCUGCUGCUGCUGCUAUUGCUGCCACCAGCGCUGCUCUCCCCUGGGGCGGCCGCGCAGCCCCUGCCCGACUGCUGCCGCCAGAAGACGUGCUCCUGCCGACUCUACGAGCUACUGCACGGCGCGGGCAAUCACGCGGCCGGCAUCCUGACGCUGGGGAAGCGGCUGCCGGGGCCCCCAGGCCUCCAGGGCCGGCUACAGCGCCUCCUGCAGGCCAGCGGCAACCACGCGGCCGGCAUCCUGACCAUGGGCCGCCGCGCAGGCGCAGAGCCCGCGCCGCGCCCCUGUCCCGGGCGCAGUUGUUCCACCGCAGCUGCCACGGCCGCUGUGCCGGGGGGACAGUCCCCGCUCUGA